AUCACAGGUGCAACAAUGCCUCUUUGCUGAGCGCAUCCACGAUUGUCCCACAACUUCACCACGAAACCUUCCGACGGCGCAGGUGUAGGUCCAGGUCCAGGUCCAGGUCCAGGCCCAGGUUCAGGUCCGACAGAGACCGCUCCCUCGCCAAGAUGUACCACCUGGCCAAGAGUCUCUAUCUGCUCGCGACGAGCAAGGAAGACCCAGAGUACUCCGUCAUCCUCCUCGGCCUCGACAAUGCCGGCAAGACGACCUUCCACGAGCAGGUCAAGUCGCUCUUCCUCGCGUCGCACCCGAACCCCAAGCUCAACACGGUGCCGACCGUCGGCCAGAACGUCUCGACCAUCGACCUGCCGGACAUGUACCUCAAGAUCUGGGACGUCGGCGGGCAAAUGUCGCUGCGCAAGCUCUGGCAGAGCUACUACGCCAGCGCCCACGCCAUCGUCUUCAUCCUCGACAGCACCGACCUCGGCGACGGCCACCUCGUCGAGGACGAGCGCGGCGGCUUCCGCGCCAAGCCCGGCCGCGAGGCUAUGGGCGCGGGCGGCGGCGACGACGACGACGGCCGCCUCGCCGAGUGCAAGGCCGUGCUCGAGGACGUGCUGCGCCACUCGGACACGGAGGGCGUGCCGGUGCUCGUGCUCGCCAACAAGCAGGACCGCGAGGACUGCGUCGAGGUCGUGCGCAUCAAGGAGGGGCUCGUCAAGCGCGUCUUCGAGGGCGAGCAGGCUGGCAGCAUCCGCGACUCGCGCGUCCUGCCCGUGAGCGCGCUGACGGGGACGGGCGUCCGCGAGGCCGUCGAGUGGGUGCGGUCGAGGGUCAAGUGGAACAAGGAGUCGCGGCCGCCUGUGAUGAGGUAG